AUGUCCUUCCACCCACAGACUCCGCAAAGCCCUUCCCAAUUCUCCCCCAGUACCAGCGACAUUAUCAUGAGCGUGACGAGCUCUAUGACCACCAUCUCGACCGCCUUGCCCACUCCUGCCCACAGCGUUAACGGAAGCUCGAUCCCUUCGGAAAUGACGCACGACAUGCUCGCCGGCGACGAUACCCCGCACAAGCGCAAGCGUCCGACCGACGAUGUUGGGGAGCGACAGAAGAAGAAAGUCCAGAUCGAGGAUCGCAGAACUGGUAUUGAGAACCUUCAUUUGGAUGUUGGCGAAAAAUACCUACUUUGCAGAACUCCGCAUCCGCCGUCCAAGCCUCUCUUGUCCGAGGAUCUCUUCGAGCUCUACGGCUUGACUGGAAUUGCUGCUGGAGUCGCCCGCGUGCUACCAAACGGCGAUAAGAAUGCCAUUCGAAAGACGUACAAGGGUCAUAUUAAGAAGCUGGGAGUUCAGGGUCACUUCGACUCGGUCGACCAGGACCCCGACCGUCCGGAUAGCAUUCUCAACCUGGCCAAGUACCCUGUUGAUGAGUGGGAUGUCCACUUUGUUCGAGGCAAAGACAUUGUCGACGGCUUCAGCUCCGAGACGAAAGCUAAGCUUCUUCGGGCUGCAACGAUGGGAAAGGGUGUCAUUCCCCGUCACAUGUGGGAUAGCUCCGUUCUGGGGGAUAUUGGAUCCGUGAAAAGCGAGAAGCAGACAACGUCGGCCAGACCAACCGCGCCUAACACGCCGUUGACUGCCACCCCUGGCUUCCCGCGGGCAAAGACGAACACGCCGGUUGCUCAGGAGGCGAACCGACCCAAGCGCGGAAUCAAGAAGCGAAGCUACGGUGACAGCAGCUUCGAGGGUUACGGAGAUGGCUUCCCAGAUGAUGGAGCCGAGACAGGCUACUCCACGGGCGAAGGGGAUAUGGCUCCCGGCCUUAAGCGACGCAAAAAGGUGGCUACCGACGGAUUUGAUCCCGACUAA